AAGACCGAAGAAUAUGGACAUUAUCGUUUAGUGUGCCAGCGACCAUGAGCGUUGGACCAUCCUGUGAAAGCUCCUGAAGUUGUCAUUUAUAUCGGCUAUUUGGUGAUAUUAUUGGACUCUCAGGUGUCAUGGUGGUGAUGAUAGAUUGCUGUGUAUCGUUGUGCGGUGGUGAUGGUACCUCGGUACACAUUUAGUUUCAGGGAUUACCGUGAUUGCUCGUGUGUCAUUAUUGACAGCUAUUGGGGUGACGAGGGGUGAGACGGAAUAGAGGGAAAAAAGCUCCUCAUUGACAGUGAGAUUUAGUAUUUGAUAAACAAAGGCGACUUUAUAAGCCACCGCGAUGUCUUCGGUGAAGGUUGCGGUGAGGGUUCGUCCCUUCAACAACCGGGAAAUAUGUCGCGAGGCGCAAUGUAUCAUCGAGAUGGCAGGCAAUACGACAUCUAUCAUCAAUCCGAAAGCUCCACCUGGUACGAAAGAGGCCAUAAAAAGCUUCAACUACGACUACUCGUACCACUCCAUGGACGCUGAUGACUCCAACUAUUCCUCCCAGAUAAUGGUCUACAAAGACAUCGGCGAGGAGAUGCUUCAACACGCCUUCGAAGGCUACAACGUCUGUAUCUUCGCGUACGGUCAAACAGGAGCCGGAAAAUCCUACACAAUGAUGGGAAAACAGGAGAAGGGACAGGAGGGUAUAAUCCCCCAGAUAUGCAAAGACCUUUUCCGCAAGAUAAACAAUAAUUCAAGUGACACUGUGAAGCACUCGGUGGAAGUGUCUUACAUGGAAAUUUAUUGCGAACGCGUACGCGAUCUUUUGAAUCCAAAGAAUAAGGGAAACCUUAGGGUGCGAGAGCACCCACUCCUCGGGCCCUACGUCGAGGACCUAUCCAAACUAGCUGUGAUGUCCUACCAAGACAUUCACGAUCUGAUUGACGAGGGCAACAAAGCGCGAACAGUAGCCGCGACCAACAUGAACGAGACAUCAUCCAGAUCCCACGCUGUCUUCACGAUAUUCUUCACUCAACAGAAGCACGACUCAAUCACAGGAUUGGUCACUGAGAAAGUCAGUAAGAUAUCGCUAGUUGAUUUGGCUGGAUCUGAACGUGCUGAUUCAACUGGUGCUAAAGGAACGAGACUAAAGGAAGGCGCCAACAUUAACAAGAGUCUUACGACACUGGGCAAAGUCAUCAGUGCGCUUGCGGAGAUCGCGACGAAGAAAAAGAAGAAGGCAGAAUUUAUACCCUACAGAGACUCGGUGCUGACAUGGCUCCUUCGAGAGAACUUGGGUGGCAAUUCAAAAACCGCGAUGAUCGCUGCUAUCAGUCCUGCAGACAUAAAUUAUGAUGAGACACUGUCGACACUCAGAUACGCCGAUCGGGCUAAGCAGAUUGUCUGCAAGGCCGUUGUCAACGAGGACGCCAACGCCAAGCUCAUACGCGAGCUCAAGGAGGAGAUCCAGAAGCUCCGCGAGCUUCUGAAGCAGGAGGGCAUAGACGUGCAAGAAGGGCCAGAUGGUAGAGUCUCUUAUGAAAAGAAAGAAUCUAGGGAGGACGCAGUGAUAAAGAAUGUAAAGAGAGAGGAGGACAUCAAGGAAGCGCGCCAACGCUUACCAUCACAUCCAACCGCCGAAGAAGCUGUCGAACAGUUGCAAGCUUCAGAGAAGCUCAUUGCAGAGUUGAAUGAGACAUGGGAGGAGAAGCUCAAGCGUACGGAGUCAAUUCGCCUCCAGCGUGAGGCGGUAUUCGCGGAAAUGGGUGUCGCGGUUAAGGAGGAUGGCGUAACAGUCGGUGUAUUCUCACCCAAGAAAACACCCCAUCUAGUUAAUCUCAAUGAGGAUCCACUCAUGUCGGAAUGUCUGAUUUAUUACAUCAAGGAUGGCUUCACGAGAAUUGGAUCAGCUGAGGCAAAUAUUCCUCAGGAUGUGCAAUUAUGCGGUCCGUAUAUUCUCAGUGAGCACUGUGUCUUUGAGAAUCACGAGGGAGUGAUAACACUGAUGCCGAAAGCUGGUGCUUUGACAUACGUCAAUGGCCGGGAGAUCAAUGAACCCAUUGUACUGAAGACUGGAUCCAGGGUCAUCCUCGGCAAGAAUCAUGUAUUCAGAUUCAAUCAUCCUGAUCAGGUUAGGGAACGCCGGGAAAAGAAUUCACCAGCUGACACUCCGGGCAAUGGUGAGACACCUGGAAAUGGAGAGACCGUGGACUGGAAUUUCGCCCAGAUUGAAUUGCUAGAGAAACAGGGCAUCGAUUUGAAGGCGGAGAUGGAGAAAAGAUUGCUGACACUGGAGGAGCAGUAUCGAAAGGAGAAGGAGACUGCUGAUCAGCGUUUCGAGGAACAGAGAAAGAAUUAUGAGGCACGAAUAGAUGCCCUCCAGAAACAGGUUGAGGAGCAGAGUAUGACAAUGUCAAUGUACAGCAGUUACACACCUGAAGAUUUCAACAACAUCGAGGAAGACAUUUUUGUCAACCCAUUAUUUGACGCAGAGAGCAACUGGAGUGAACGUGAGUUCCAGCUGGCUGCCUGGGCAUUUAGAAAAUGGAAGUAUCAUCAAUUCACUUCGCUGCGUGAUGAUUUGUGGGGUAACGCGAUAUUCCUCAAAGAGGCUAAUGCCAUUUCUGUUGAGCUGAAGAAGAGGGUUCAAUUUCAAUUUACUCUACUUACGGACACCCUCUACUCACCUCUGCCACCGGACCUACUGCCGGCAAUUGACGAUGACGAGGAGGAGGAGAGACCCUUCCCUCGUACAAUCGUCGCCGUUGAGGUGCAAGACACCAAGAAUGGUGCCACUCACUACUGGACACUCGACAAAUUACGACAGCGCUUGGAGCUGAUGCGUCACAUAUACAAUGAAGACUUGAGUCCCAGCACUCCGGAGGCCAAAGAGGAUAUAUUCCAAUGUCUCACGGCCUACUCUAAUCAGAGGUUCUCACUCGCAAAUCUUUUGCCUUCGAGACAACGGCUGGAAUUGAUGAGAGAGAUGUAUCACAAUGAGGCAGAGCUUUCACCUACAUCACCAGAUUACAAUAUUGAAAAUAUCACGGGGGGUGAUCCAUUCUACGACAGAUUUCCCUGGUUCCGCAUGGUUGGAAGAUCAUUCGUAUACUUGAGCAACCUGAUGUAUCCAGUGCCUCUGAUUCACAAGGUAGCCAUCGUAAAUGAGAAGGGUGACGUCAAGGGCUACCUUCGUGUCGCCGUUCAAGCAGUUGUCGAAGAGGAAAACAGUGAAUACUCAAGUGGAGUGCGACAGUCAGCCCGAAUUUCCUUUGAGGACGAUCUCUUUGGUAAUGCCCGCCAGGGAAAACGGACCCUGUUGGCGCAGACACUCGAGAAGAAUCAACAGAUUAUGAUGCAAGAGGAGCGAGUCGUGGAGGGUCAAACCGAGGUCAAAGAGGGUCUCAAGGAUGAGGAGGAAGUGGGUGAUGCAGACAGUGGACGGGGUGACAGUUCAGUAGCCAGUGACAUGAAGGAAGAGGAAUUACCUGAUCACCUGCAGUCUGGUGUUGAGUUCACUUUCAGGGUGACAGUGCUGCAGGCAAUGGGCAUAUCUACCGAAUACGCUGACAUUUUUUGUCAAUUUAAUUUCCUACACAGACACGACGAGGCAUUCUCCACUGAGCCCGUGAAGAAUACGGGCAAGGGGAAUCCCCCGGGUUUUUAUCACGUACAGAAUAUUACCGUAACCGUUACAAAAUCAUUCUUGGAUUAUUUGAAAACUCAGCCAAUUGUAUUUGAAGUCUUUGGACAUUAUCAACAGCAUCCACUGCACAAAGAUGCCAAGUUAGAUUAUGGGGUUAGACAGCCGCCGAAACGCAUGUUACCACCGUCAAUUCCCAUAAGUCAACCAGUUCGUUCACCCAAAUUUGGUUCAGUUCUGCCUUCUCCCAGCACUUCCCAUGUACACGCAAAGUACGAUGUUCUUGUUUGGUUUGAGAUUUGUGAAUUGGCACCGAAUGGUGAAUACGUACCAUCAGUUGUCGAUCACAGUGAUGAUCUUCCCUGCCGAGGACUCUUCCUCCUGCAUCAGGGUAUUCAGCGUCGUAUUCGUAUUACAAUUGUUCAUGAACAGGCGUCUGAGCUUCGUUGGAAGGACGUGAGGGAGUUGGUUGUUGGUAGAAUUCGAAAUACUCCGGAGCCCGAGGAGGAGGACAAUGACUCCUCGGUGCUCUCACUGGGACUCUUCCCCGGGGAGUAUGUCGAAAUUCCUGGUGAUGAUAGGUGUAUGUUUAGAUUUGAGGCCGCUUGGGACAGCUCUCUGCACAAUUCAGCUCUUCUCAAUCGAGUCACGUCCUACGGUGAGCAGAUCUUCAUGACGAUUUCGGCAUAUUUAGAGCUGGAGAACUGUGGACGGCCUGCGAUAAUCACGAAGGAUCUCAGUAUGAUCAUCUACGGGAGGGACGCCAGGGUUGGCCCUAGAUCCCUCAAGCAUUUGUUCAGCGGUAGCUAUAGGAAUCAAGAAGCUAAUCGACUCAGUGGUGUCUACGAAUUGGUGCUGAGAAGAUCCUCAGAAGCUGGUGUGCAGAGGCGUCAACGCAGGGUAUUGGAUACAAGUUCAACUUAUGUCAGGGGUGAGGAGAAUCUACAUGGAUGGCGGCCACGGGGUGACAGUCUCAUAUUCGAUCAUCAGUGGGAGCUUGAGAAGCUCACGAGGCUGGAGGAGGUGGAGAAAAUAAGGCACACACUCCUACUCAGGGAGAAACUUGGAAUUGAUAAGGUGGCACUCUGUAACAAGACUAGUCACGACUUCACCAAGAGCGAGAAGGUACGGGCAUCCCUGGUACGUCCAUGCGUAUUAGAGGAGGUCUGCAACAUGGUGGCAAAGGCGACUAACGAGCCUCACGCCAGUCCCGUAAAGCUCAAGAAAUCGGCGAGCAAAGAUGUCUACGAACCGUGGGACAUGACCGAUCACGAGAAGGAAUUGGCAACGAAGUAUGUGAAGCUGAUUCAGGGAAGAAUUCCAAAUAAAGAGCCCAUUGUUCUCUCAGACGUAUCACCUGGUGACGAUACCAUAACCGAUAUGUCAAAUUCAAUGAUGUCGUCUGUUGUAUCAUCAUCAUCUCAAGAGUCAGUAUUAUCCAGAAGCUGUUAUCAUUCAGCCGAGCAGCCGGCUGGGAUUAUUAUCAGGAGCUGUUCUAAGUCCUGCAUCUUUAGGUUGAGUUCACCGGAGCGGGCUAGACUCCAGGAGCUUCAGGAGAGCAUGAUGGCGGGUGAAUCGGCCAGUCAGUCUAGUUCUCUGGCGCCAGCACCACUGGGCUCGACUUCACCGUUGAAGGAGAGUUUGGUGCUGUAUGUGCCGGAGGUCGAGGAGAUUCGCAUAAGUCCGGUGAUCGCGAGAAAGGGAUAUCUCAAUGUUCUCGAGCACAAGACAAAUGGAUGGAAGAAGAGAUGGGUUGCCGUCAGGAGACCGUACGUAUUCAUCUUCAGGGAGGAGAAAGAUCCUGUUGAGCGGGCGCUCAUCAAUUUGGCCACAGCGCAGGUCGAGUACUCGGAGGAUCAGCUGGCCAUGGUUAAGGUGCCGAAUACUUUCAGCGUUGUCACUAAGCACAGAGGCUACUUACUGCAGACCCUCGGCGACAAAGAAGUAUACGAUUGGUUGUACGCGAUAAAUCCACUUCUCGCCGGUCAAAUAAGAUCCAAAUUAGCCCGCAAGGGACCGACAACAAAUUCAACAACAAUCACCCUAUCUGCCCCACCUCCCGACACACAGACACAGGCCAAGUGAGUCGCGGAAUCGCUGGCCGAGUACGUGAGUAUCAUCACCGAGGCAUCAACAAAAAUAAUAAGACGAUCCCAUCGAGUCAUCGAGGCCCAGGACUUUUGUAGAUUUCGAUUCACGGUGAUCUUUGAGUGAGUUAUCACAACUAUUGAUUUUUUACGAAUAUUUUGUUACGAAGCGAGUGGAGAUGUAUGAAAAAAAUUGAUAGAAAUAUCUAGCUUAUGAAUUCUAUUGACAUGAAUCUAUUAGUUCUUUGUGUUCAGUCUAGGAACAAUAUGCGAUGCCCCUUGCAUUUUCUAAAAUAUAUUUGGCUAUAGAAAAAUUGCCCUCCGUUGCUUUCCUUCAGUAAAAUAUAUUUUAAAUGUUAGGAAUUUGCAUAAUCUUCUGUAGAAACGGUGUAAAACUAAAUAGAAAUUUUCAAUAGAAUUCUACUACAAUGAUGGGAAAAUGCUAGAUUUUUUUCUAUUACAUUUUUUUCAUGUGUACGAUGACGAUUAUCGAUCCUACAGUAGUAUACAUAUAUCGAUACAAGUGCGACGAGUUUUUGACGACUAGGAAGUUACCCACUCGAGGGUCUGCCACUGCUGCUAAUCACACGAGCUGAAUAAUUUCACAGGUCAGAGAUAUCUGAUUUAAACGUAUUUUUUGCCAAUAAUUUUAUUUUCGUCGAGAGACUCAUUUAUAAUUUCAUUCUCAUUACGUCGUGCGAGAGCAUAGCCAGUUAGAAAGGCAUUUAAUGCACGAGGUGCAUACAGCAGCAGUGGCAAAAAAUCUUAAUAUCUCUCCGAAUGUUCGUGAGAACGUUUCCGCGGUUGAGAGUCUCGGUAAAUCUUCAGCAAAAAAACUUGUCAAGUAAGAUCAAGGAUCAAUUGUCAUAUUUGAAACGAUGCUUGAUACCGACGAAUGUCCAAAAAUCCUGAGCACGAAUUUUCAGUAGAUAUUUAUGUGUUUAAUUACUGUCAAUUCGAAAAUCAUAAUUUUCAAGAUGAAUUUAGAAAAGAGCUGAAUCACAAUGUAUAGACGUUAAUAUUCGUUCUGCCGGCGCUUUUACAAACUCUCAAUUCCAUUCAUUAUCGUGAAAAUGUAUUGAAAAAUAUUUCACAUCGGCCUCUUGGCAGUUUCUCUUGUGUUACAUGAAAAUGUGUAAAUAUCAUUGGGAGACGUGUGAGUGAAUGUCAAAUUCCUCACUUUGAAAAAAAAUCGCCCCCAGAAUUAUUCUUGAUUUUUAAUUAAUUUUGUUACUAGUUCCCAAUCGUUGUUAAUAUUGAUUAGAAAUGAAAUAUAUUAUUAGUUAAUUAACCAUUCUACCAUGACUUUUCGUAAGUUAUCUAGGCCAUGAAGCUCUCGUAGUAAUUUUCAUUCGAUUCGAUCCAUAAAAUUAUACAGUCAUCAAUGCAUAUUAAUUUUUUGGAAUCGCCGUGAGACAAAGAACAAAAAUUUCCCCCUCCUACUUUUCGACGUAUCUUACAACACUGAAUGAUAGUAUUCGCGACGCGAAGGUCACGGUAUUUAUUGUUGACAUGAGCGAGAAAGAUAAACAUGAUGUAACAGUGAGGAACGAAUUGAACGCUUCGAGAUAGGUAAUCUUGUAUAUAAAAAAAAAUCCACAAAUAUAUUAAUGAAAAAUGAGUCACCCAGUAAAUAUGAAAGAAGCAUUGUAGUUUUAAGAACUGAUUAAUUGACAAGAAUAAAUAAUGAGGCACGCUUUUUUAUUUAAUCCGAAUGUUCUGGCUGGAUUUGACUGUAAGAACAUUCUAAAAUGGUGACUCUGACGGAGAUUUUUCAGACUACCUCAUUCUUUUGAAGCUCUGAUUAUUUUUCGAUGUUUAGUGAAUAUUUCAAUCAAUAACUGAACUUUCGGCCAAAUUGAUUUUACAUUUUACAAAACUCGUAUUCAAGGUUAAUCGUGAUGACGUUCGGGGCACAAUAUCACGAAAGCUUUAAGCUCAAUCUCAGACUUAUGAGGAAAUAAAGCUCUCACUAGUUGAUCAAAUUGACCGUUCUACGGGAACUUGAACUUGAGUUAUUUUCAACCCAGAAAAAAAUUAUUGGAGCUUAAAAAGCUUGGAAUUUGUCUUUAAAAAAUCUGUCAAUGACAUCUACCUAGUUUAAUUCAAUUCUAGUCAUGAUUAAACGUUAAAUAAAGGGUAAAAUAAACUUAAUAUUUAAAUUAAGUAUUUGGAAAAAUUACCAACGGACAUGAACACUCAUUCGAAAUGAUAAAUAAUCCAUCAACCAAACGUACGCGGACAGAUGAGAAGAAAAAAUAUAUUGAGGAAAAAAAGGACAAAUUAAUACAACUGUGUUACCAAUUUUCUUGCUUGCUGACUGUUGUAGUGAUUGAUAGUUUUAUUUUGUUAAACGGUAUAAAAAAACAUAUAAUAUACAUUUAAAAAACACCGAUCAUAAGUAUUGAAUAUUCAUGGUAACUGUUGGAUAAAAAAUGAAAAAAAAAAAUGGUGUUUUUGGAAAAUAUCUGAAUGAUCUCAUGGCUCGACUCUUGAAAUUGAGAAAAAAUUAUUCGGAAACUGAUAAAGAAUACCACAAUAGGAUUAACUUCUAUGAAUGAAAAUAGUUUAUAUAUAUACGAGGAAUAUAAAUAUAUAUAAAUAUGAAUAAAUUUAAUAUUUACCGUGAUGAAGUACGAUGUCGCGAAAGAGAGUGAAUUAUUUAAAGAAAAUUUUAACAUGUCGUUGACACGAUGUACACCAACGGUUUAAUCUGUAUUACAUGAAAAAAAAACUGUGACUGCAAACAAAAAAAAAUAAUAACUGAGUAUGUAAAUCCGUGUAUUUGUUUUUCAUUGAUGGUGAUGAUGGAUGAGAGUAACUAAAAUAUGUAAUUCUCAUGCAUUAAACAAAAGUCGUUAUUUCUGUUUCAACUUGAAUCAAUAUUUCAGGCAUGAUAACGUAACAGUUUCAAGAAGAUAUAAAAAGUAAAGAAACUAACAAGUAACAAUUUUAAUGCUGAUGAAAAAAAAUAAACGUGCAUUUAUUAUU